UUCUAUUUCAGCUUAAAUCAUCAAUGGCAACAUCGAAGAUUAUGCUGUCAAUCAUUCUGCUGCUAUCGCGAUACAUCAAUGCAGAUGUUUGCGAUGGCUUUUUCAAGAUGACGAAUUCAUUGCUGAAGGGUCACGUGAUUGAGACAAUAACAGCAACCGAGAAAGACUGUCGAGUGAUAUGCAGUAGCAACAGCGCUUGUUACUCGAUUAACUACAUCCGUGAAACGUCGCAAUGUCAGUUGAAUGGCGACACCCAUUUUGCGUUCCCUGGACAUUUCAUUCCUGGAGCAGCGCCUGGCGCGUACUACGCUAUUGUGAAACCAGUGACCAAGUGCAGUAACAUGUUCUGUAGCAGUGGUAUGACGUGCAAGAUGCGAGAAGGCGGAAAGACAUACAAGUGUGAAGGUAAAUACGACAUGUUAUUAGUGAAAUGGUGUCUUCAUUUUAUUUCCCAGCCAAUUCAGCGUCGAAAAAUUUGUUUGAUACAUGAAAAGCUGGUAAUUAAAUCUACUUUACACCCAAACUGAUAAUAAGAAUAAGCAAGUCAAAACGCCGAAGAAAGUAGCUACUAUUUAGUUGACAUACGUAACCCAGG